AGCGAACACGCUCCACUAAAACCUUACCUACUUCACUCACUCAACACGCGAAACCGAAGUUUAACUAUUGUUUAUUAAUGUUCUUUUAAUUUGAAAUUUGCUAAAAAAACUAAGCAAGUUGUAGAUAGCUUAGGACUUGGUUGGGGUUUGUUAAUCUAGAGUUAGAUUGCUUGGUGGGUAGGAUGGAAGACGAUCUUUUCGGUGCAGAGUUGUUUGACGUAUUCGACAACAAAACACUAGCCCCUUCAUCGACCAAAAAAGAUGAGGAUCGGGACGAGGAUGACAAUGAAGACGAGGAUGGGCUGCAGUAUGUUAGCGCGUCAAAAGUUACUAAAGAAAAGGAGGACGAAAACAAAAAGGAUGCAAACGAAGCAGUGGAUGUCCAGAAUAUUCAUGAAGAUGAGCCAGAUGAAGUUGCAGCGUUGAAGGAAGUUGCAUCAACAAGUAAAAAAGUUGAUGCGCCAAACAACCAAGAAACUGGUACAACUUCCACGACCACUGCUCAAGCCACUGGUGCGACUAAGAGAACAUUAGAAAAUGAAGAAAAAACUGAUGAGGAUGAAGAAAAAGCUGUGGAGAUUGAUCAAGACGCUGAGUAUAUGGAUACGACGGAAGACGGUGUAUCAGUUAAACGUCGUAAGACCAUGAGUGACAUUGAAGCACUUCAAAAAUAUCUUCCCCAAGUUGAAUUGAAGACUUUGGAAACGUUGGAUGGAGGAGGGUGCUCUCAUGUGGUUGCCAUCCCGUCAAAUUCAUACUAUAUUCCUUUAGAACCUAUUGGAAAGCCUGUGAAAACGUAUCCUUUCACUUUGGAUACUUUUCAACAAAGAGCUGUCCAGUGUGUGGAUAAUUACCAAUCUGUUUUGAUAUCUGCUCAUACUUCUGCUGGGAAAACUGUUGUCGCAGAAUAUGCAAUUGCUAAAGCGUUAAAAGAUAAUCAACGAGUUAUUUACACAACACCCAUCAAAGCGUUGAGUAAUCAGAAGUAUCGAGAGUUUUAUGAAGAGUUUAAAGAUGUUGGACUUAUUACUGGCGACGUUACAAUCAGCCCAUCAGCAAGUUGUUUGAUUAUGACAACUGAGAUUCUCCGAAAUAUGUUAUACCGAGGUUCCGAAAUCAUGCGGGAGGUUGGAUGGGUUGUUUUUGACGAAAUUCAUUACAUGAGAGAUAAGGAAAGAGGGGUUGUAUGGGAGGAAACUAUCAUCUUGCUACCACAUAAAACCCAUUAUGUAUUUUUGUCUGCAACCAUUCCAAAUGCAAUUCAGUUUGCAGAGUGGAUUUGUCAUUUGCACAAACAGCCUUGCAACGUUAUUCACACGGAAUAUCGACCUGUCCCCUUGCAUCAUUAUAUUUAUCCAGUUGGAGGAGAUGGGAUUCAUUUGGUAGUGGAUGAUCAGGGGACAUUUCGAGAGGAUGGGUUUAACAGUGCAAUGGGUAUGAUUCAAAAUACUGAAGGUGGAGGAGGUCAAGGUGGCCGAGGGCGGGGACGACAAGGCAAAGGAGAAGAUUCUCCAUGCCACAAAGUUAUUAAGAUGGCAAUGGAACAUGACUUGGCUCCCGUUAUUGUGUUCAGCUUUAGUAAAAAAGAUUGCGAAAUAUAUGCCUUGCAAUUGUCAAAAUUGGAUUUCAAUACGGGAGAGGACAAGCAAUUGGUCGAAGAAGUUUUCACAAAUGCAAUUGAUGUUCUCUCAAAAGAAGAUCAAAAGUUGCCUCAGGUAGAAAAUCUACUCCCUUUGCUGAAACGUGGGAUUGGUAUCCAUCAUGGUGGUUUACUACCCCUGUUAAAAGAAACUAUUGAAAUUCUUUUCUCCGAGGGACUUAUCAAAGUUCUAUUUGCAACCGAGACUUUCGCUAUGGGUUUGAACAUGCCAGCAAGAACUGUACUUUUCACAAAUGUACGAAAAUUUGAUGGGAAAAACUAUCGAUGGAUUUCUUCUGGAGAGUAUAUUCAAAUGUCUGGGAGAGCAGGGCGUCGUGGAAUAGAUGACAAAGGGGUCACAAUAGUCAUGAUUGACGAAAAAAUUAGCCCCAGCGUUGGACGGUCUCUGUUUAAAGGAGCUGCCGACCCAAUCAACUCUGCUUUUCAUCUUACGUACAAUAUGGUCUUAAACUUGAUGCGGGUGGAAGAAAUUAAUCCUGAAUACAUGAUGGAAAGGAGUUUCUUCCAAUUCCAAAAUUACUCAAAUAUUCCAGAUAUAUGCAAAAAGCUUUUGGAUGCUGAAACAGCGUACAAAAAUAUGACAGUUCCACGUGAAGAAGAAGUGGCUUCAUAUUACGAUCUCAGGAAACAACUAAAUAUAUUUUCCGAAGAUUUUCGUUCAUAUAUAACUCGCCCAACAUAUGUAGUUCCCUUCUUGCAAGCAGGGCGUUUAGUAUUUGUGAAAAACAAAGAAACAGAAUUUGGUUGGGGUGCUAUCGUCAAUUUUCAAAAGAAGGAAAACACUCGAGAAAAUCCCUUGAACUCGACUCCAACAUAUGUUGUUGAUGUUCUGCUGCACGUAAACUUUGUACAAGGAGUUGAUGGGUCUCCAGGAGAAAUUAAACCCAUUGGGAUAGGAGAGAAAGGGGAAAUGAAAGUAAUUCCUAUUGCACUGGGCGUCAUCAACAAAAUUAGUCAAGUCAGGCUGUAUAUGUCAAACGAUCUGAGACCCUUGGAAAACAGAAUGGCUGUGCUGAAAGGAAUUGAAGAAGUCAAUAAGCGAUUCAACAACGAGAUCCCAUUGUUGGAUCCAAUCAAAGAUAUGCGUAUCAACAACAAAGGUUUCACUGAUCUGCUGGAAAACAUUAAGCAAUUUGAGCAACGACUUUCAAAGCAUCCCCUUAAUGAGGACCCAGAUGUCGCGAACCUGUACGAAACAUACCACGAAAAAGUCAAACUUCAUCAAGAGGUUUCAUUGGCUAAGGUGGAUUUGAAAAAGGCGAAAUCUCUACUACAAAUGGAUGAAUUAAAAUGUAGAAAGCGGGUUCUCCGCCGUCUAGGAUAUGCUUCGGCCGAUGACGUUAUUGACAUAAAAGGUCGAGUAGCGUGUGAAUUAACGAGUGGAGAUGAGCUCUUACUGACAGAAAUGAUAUUCAAUGGCUUAUUUAUGGACUUGGACGUUCCAAAAACUGUCGCAUUGCUCAGUUGUCUGGUGUGCGAUGAACGCAGUAAUGAUGUCCCAAAACUUUCAGAAGAACUAUCUGGACCACUGAAAAUGAUGCAGGAUAUGGCAAGACAAAUAGCUAAGGUCAGCAAGGAGUCAAAACUUGAAAUUGAUGAGGACGAGUAUGUGGACCAGUUUAAGCCAUUUUUAAUGGACGUAGUCUUUGAGUGGUGUAAGGGAGCAACUUUUUCUAAACUAUGCGAAAUGACUGACAUAUUUGAAGGUGGGAUUAUUCGCUGCAUGAGAAGAUUGGAAGAGUUAUUGCGACAAAUGUCGCUAGCUGCCAAAGUGAUCGGCAACAAAGAGUUGGAAGAGAAAUUCAAUGAUGGUGUGAAACUUAUAAAACGCGACAUUGUAUUUGCUGCAAGUUUGUAUUUGUAAUUGUAUAAUUUUAUGAUAUUGAUUGUGAGUAGAAAAGUACUCUAGCUUGUUUAUUGAUGUACUUUUAUUACUUCUUAUAACAAUGAAUCAUAAAUAAAUUACACUUAAAAAUAUUGA